CCACUUUCUCUCACUUCCACGUACACACUCCUCUCCUGAGCUAUCACCAGCUACCUAAUCGCUUCGACAGUAGAGAGCUCCUCCUGUCAUUAUCGUUACAAUGGCUGCUCCUGAAAUUCAUCAUCUCUUCCAUAAUCCGAUCGCCGACCAUUCUUUCUCUCCCGACAAAUCAACACUUGCGGUUGCGCGAGAUAGCAAUGUGGAGCUCUACCAGAAAUCAGGUGCCAAGUUCUCACUGACUGAUGAGCUCAAAGGCCACGAGAAGACUGUGACCGGCGUGGACAUUGCUCCUAAUAGUGGCCGUAUUGUUACUUGCUCACAGGAUCGCAAUGCAUACGUAUGGGAGCGCACUCCAUCGGGCUGGAAGCCAACUCUCGUAUUACUCCGCAUAAACCGAGCAGCAACUUUCGUUAGAUGGUCGCCAUCGGAGCAGAAGUUCGCCGUUGGUUCAGGUGCCCGUGUAAUCGCUGUGUGUUAUUUCGAAGAGGAGAACGACUGGUGGAUCUCAAAGCACUUGAAGAAACCGAUUCGGAGCACUAUUACAACUCUCGCAUGGCAUCCGAACUCGGUGCUCUUGGCUGCAGGCUCCACCGACUCUCAUGCCAGAGUCUUCUCUAGCUUCAUCAAAGGCGUCGAUACACGUCCGGAGCCGAGUGCCUGGGGAGAGCGUCUCCCAUUUAACACCAUUUGCGGCGAGUUUUUGAAUGACUCCGCUGGCUGGAUCCAUGGAGUCUCAUUUUCUCCCAGUGGAAACGCCCUCGCAUUUACUGGCCAUGAUAGCAGCGUCACUGUCGUUUACCCGAGUGCCCCAGAACAGCCCCCUCGAGCGAUGCUGAACGUCACUACUCGUUUACUGCCAUUUACAAGUCUCAUUUGGAAUGGAGAGAACGAAAUUAUCGCUGCCGGUCACGAUUGUGAACCUUACCGUCUUCGCGGCGGCGAGAGUGGAUGGCAGCUUACAGGGACCAUAGAGAACAAGACAGGGCCAGGUGCCGGUACCGCGCGGGAAGAAUCCGCCCUGCACAUGUUCCGUCAGAUGGAUCUCAAGGGGCAGACUCAAGCUGAUAUUCAACUCAAGUCAACCCACCAGAAUACCAUCAGUACCGUGAGGGUGUAUGAGGAGACCGAUGGUGUUCUGCGCAAAUUUAGCACGAGUGGGGUUGAUGGCCGUGUCGUUGUCUGGACCAUAUAGACGGUUGUCAACACAUUUGAUGAUGCAUUGUUCGUGAAGGGCCAGGUGCCUUGGCUUAGUACUCUGUUGCCCCGCCUUCGGAACCUAUUUAAAUUGUGUGACAAGGGGCGCUUGUCGCUUUAUAAACACCUUGAAGUACAUAGAAUCUGGUUGGUUGUGUCGGCUGUAGAUUGUGCAAAUUAAUAAAAGCUUGUACUGUAC